CGUGACUGACGUGUGUCCUGUCAUCUAACUUGUCGAAUCGAAAGCCGAAUUUCGUAGUAUAGCCUCGAAAUUAUGGAAAUGUUCAAGCUUUUAUCGAUUUUACCAUUAUUUUUGCUAAUAGAUAUCUCUUCAGCUUUAUAUUUCCACAUAGCAGAAGGGGAGCGAAAAUGUUUUAUUGAAGAAAUACCAGAUGACACUACUGUUAUUGUUAACUAUAAAGUGGAAUUGUAUGACCCUCGGUCUGGAGGGUUUAUGCCUUCAACGCCAGGUAUCGGCAUGCACGUGGAAGUGCGGGACAGCAAUGAUCGCGUUGUUUUGUCCCGUGUUUACUCUUCUGAAGGAAUGAUAUCUUUCACAUCCCACGUCUCUGGUGAACACGUAAUCUGCAUGUACACAAAUAGUACAUCUUGGUUUAGUGGAUCACAACUCAGAGUUCACUUGGACAUUCAAGUUGGUGAGCACGCAAUAGACUAUGCAAAUGUGGCCCAGAAAGACAAGUUGACAGAAUUACAGCUCAGAAUUCGUCAGCUAUUGGACCAAGUGCACCAGAUUACCAAAGAACAAAGCUAUCAAAGGCAUCGUGAGGAACGCUUCCGACAGACAUCAGAGAGCACAAAUCAAAGAGUACUCUGGUGGAGUCUUUUACAGAUUGCAGUUCUCAUGGGAAUUGGUUACUGGCAGAUGAGGCAUCUCAAGAGCUUCUUUGAGGCAAAGAAAUUAGUUUAAAUGAAGUUAAAGUUAACUUAUAGUGUUUAUUUAUCAUAAUUUUGUAAUUUUAUCGAAAACCAAGUGAUUUUUAUUCAAAUGAACUCUCUUUAAAAUAUUUUUGUUGUGAAUAUUUUGAAAUAAAAUAAACAGAU